GGCGCAGAUCGUUCCUUACCACUAUUAAACAUUCUGGUAUAAAAAGGCACUUAAAAGAAGGCACACUUUCUUGCGAUGGACAGCUUUUGAAAGACAGGUGCAGAUUGUGUUGAGUGAUAGCUGCGGUAGCACAGCGGAUCUAAGGAGCGCCUCUUUCCCCGAUCCACCGCCAAGCGCGCGCGCACGCACGCCCGCGCUCAUCCACACACGCGCGCUCCAUCUCUCAGCCGCGUUUACAGACGCUCCUCAGCUUGAACGCUUUGUUGCAUUUUAUCCACUUUUAUAAUCCGCGAUGGAAGAAAACAUGGAAGAGGGACAGACACAAAAAGGGUGCUCUGAAUGCUGCCUUAAAUGUCUGAGUGGGAUACCCUACGCCUCUCUGAUCGCAACCAUCCUGCUGUACGCUGGGGUGGCGCUGUUCUGUGGAUGUGGUCAUGAGGCUCUUUCUGGCACCGUCACCAUCCUGCAGACCUACUUUGAUGUUGUACGGUCGCCCGUCGAUGCCUUGGACGUCUUUACUAUGAUUGACAUCUUAAAGUAUGUGAUCUAUGGAGUUGCAGCAGCCUUCUUUGUUUAUGGUAUUCUGCUGAUGGUCGAGGGUUUUUUCACAACUGGGGCUAUCCGGGACCUCUAUGGAGACUUUAAGAUCACCACCUGUGGGCGCUGUGUCAGCUCUUGGUUCAUCAUGCUUACCUAUAUCUUCCUGUUGGCUUGGCUGGGCAUCACAGCCUUCACCUCUCUUCCAGUAUUCGUGUAUUUCAACAUUUGGAACACCUGUCAGAAUGUGACAUUCCUAGGGAACACUGAUAUGUGCUUUGAUCUGCGUCAGUUUGGAAUUGUGUCUAUCAAUGAGGAGAAAAAAAUCUGCACAAAGGAUGAUAACUUCAUCAAGAUGUGUGAAUCUAAUGAGCUGGACCUGACAUUCCACUUGUUCGUUUGUGCACUUGCGGGGGCUGGAGCAGCCGUUAUCGCCAUGGUUCACUACCUGAUGGUGCUGUCGGCUAACUGGGCUUACGUGAAGGACGCCUGCAGGAUGCAGAAAUACGAAGACAUCAAGUCCAAGGAGGAACAGGAGCUUCACGAUAUCCACUCCACUCGCUCUAAAGAGCGUCUGAACGCGUACACAUAAAGCAUGCGGUCCGGCGCACGCAUACACAUAUAAAUAUGUAUACACACACAAACAAGCAUGUCCUUUCCCUCCCUGAAGACACACGUAUAAACUAAACUAUGUCUGAUAUCAUCGGUUUCCAGGGGUAAGGGAUGGCCGGGUGGUGGGGUUGGGAUGGGGUGGGGAAGUAAAUAACACUUGCUACGUACGGGUGUGACAUAGAAUGUUGGUCAGGGAGCACGCUUAUCGUCUCCAUGGCAACGUCUCUGACUACCCAUGAUCCUCUAGCAUUUAGAUUUCGUUUCUUCAUUCUCGUUGCAUUGUCCUGUUCCAUUUCUCCUCUACCUCCCUGUUCCACCUUUGUGUUUAAGACAGCACACCUUGAUAGCACACAAAGUUCUCUUUUUUAACAUCCCAUUGGGAUUGAUUGGGUUUUUGGGUUCAGCCAAAGGGAUUACAGCACACUUUUUUGUAUUUACAUCUCUCGAGUUCACCCUAAACGGUUAGUCGUGGUUUAGAUUCACCGAUUUUUUUGACUCUUAAAAACAAAAUGUGACCAAACUUGUAAUUUAUGAUUUACAGGUUAAGCUGCCAGACUUAAAGCGGCAACAGCACAAAAAAUGUACAGAUUCUUUUUCAAUUUCUCUAUCAGUUUUGGAGUGCCAGGAAUUCAAAAAUGACCUUAAAGUGACUUUUACUGCUAUACUGUAGCUUGGCCUAACCGUUUACACUAGCUGUGCUCAGUAUUAAUGAAAGGUGUGACAUUGGUGCUCAGUAACCUCUUGUUAAGCUUUGAUGAAAGGGAAGAUAUCGGAAAGAAAGGCCAAGAAAUCGUCUCAAACCAGCUCGAGCAGUCACGUAAGAUUUGCCUUGGGAGACUCUGUGGCUAUUUGUUUUCACUCAUCCAUUGCAAGCCAUACUGUCACAUGCAAAUAACAUUUUCAGGUGUUUUAUUGCUUAGUUUAAGCUUAAACUUUUUAAAUGCAAUUAACGCAAAUGUUUCUUUUGUCAUUUCUCUGAACUGUACAUAUAUCUAUAAAUGUAUACAUAUUUCAUGUCGGUUUUUAAAACACGUCAGUGAUGGGUGAUGUUAUAAACAUGCUUGUUUGUACCUGAAGGAAAACUAGAUCGCAACGACUCUGCCAAACACUGAGGAAUGUUUAAUAUGACUUUUGAUUUAGAAAAAGAACAAGAAAGAUGCCUAGGCAUGCAUUACUCCAAUAUGGACCAAAUUCUGUGUUUUGGCUUUGUCUUGCCUACUUCAGUUGCCCUAGUUUUGCAGUAACGUGUCUGUUUUUGGACAGUUGUGCUUUUGGUCAGUGUCUCAUAAACAAACAAACAAACAACAAAAAAAGCUAGUUUUUGUGCACUUAUGGGCCAUCGUGAGCUUUUGGCGCAAGUGAAUUUGGAAUUGGUACAUUCGGAGUCGCUGUACCCUUGCUAGUCAUGCAGCUUUUUAUAAACCACAAAAGAAACUUGUAUUAGGAGAAACGUAAUUCUAGUUGUUACUUGUGGCAUGGUUAUGCAUCUAACUCGAAAGAAAAGAAAACUAAACUAAAAAAAGAUCCUAUAUUUUGAUUUCCAUUUUUACACUUCUGACUGUCUUGCUGGGGUCAACUCUAUUUUUUUCUAAAUGUGCAGUAUUACAGUUGCUACGCUAACAAUAUUAAGCUAAAUAUCUUAUUAGAUUGUAGUGUUUGAGUUUUGUCCUUUAUAGUUAGUGAUGAUUUUCCAAACCACGUCUUAAACCUAUACUUGUUAUGAUGUUGCGUAUUCAGUAUUACCCUGAAAUUGCUUUCAGCUCUAUACAUGUACUAGCUUUUUGUAUUUUCACUGCGAAUGCUUGUAGCAGGCAGUAAAAUUAACUGGUUUUGUACAUACAUGUGCCAACAUCUUGACAGUGGCUUUUUCUUUUUGAACUGUAGAGACAAACUUGCUUGCGUAAAUAAAGACACUUGUGUACUUGUUAAUAUC